UUUUCACUUUGGGAACAGGUAAUGUGUACUAAAUUCUGUCAAGAGAAGAAAGAACUAAUCCAGGCAUUACACAGGGACAGAAAGAUGUCUGAUCUUCCCAGGAUAACUCAGCCUACACUCAUAAUCUGGGGAGAACAUGACCAGGUUUUCCCACUGGAAUUGGCACACAGACUAGAAAGGCAUAUCGGUGAUAAUGCCGAACUAGUGAUAAUAAAGAAUGUGGGUCAUGCACUUAAUGCAGAGAGGCCCAAGGAGCUCUACAGGCACUUGAAGUCCUUCUUCGUUGACAAUCUUCCUUCAUCAAAGCACGCAAGCCAUACCAACAGCUUAUCUGCUGAUGAGGAGAAUUCAGGACUUUCUGAUUCUCCAUUUAGACUACAACUUGCGUGUGCUAUAGUCAUUUCGAAGCUUAGAAAGGUGACCCCAACAAAAAAUUUGCAUGGCAAUAGCUGGAGAGAUUUUUCGGUGGUUCCUCAAUACUUUCCUCUCGGUGACAGCCUUUUGGAACCUCCUCUGUAUCUCUGUUUCUUCUUGUACAAUUAA